CACGGGAGCACGAGAAGAGCUUUCCAGCCGCCCUUUGCCCUUCCACGUGUGUAGCUCUGCCACAUCAAUGAGGAAGGGAUCUCGCGAACCGCAGCUGAGCGAGAGCGACAUCGACCCCAUUGCGGCAGAUCUACUCUCAGCGGACCCCAGCACCCUCACAGCAAGAGCGCGGAAACUGUGUGGGCGACUCACCAGACAGCAAGGGCAACAUCUGGCUGCCCGCCUUCUCGAGGACAAAGAUGGGCUGCGUCGCAUGCUGGCACGUCUGCUGGACGGCAGCAAUCAAGAGACCCAGCUGGCUGCGGCCGACCUGCUGCUCUACCUUAUUAGGUGGAUCAAACCCGCUCUUGCAGCCCUGCAGCGGUCUCAGCUGGCCGACGUGGCUGCUGUCUUUGUGGACGUGGUGACCUGGAAGGAGGCCGCAGAGGGCGGCAGCCGCUGCUAUGGGCCCGACGAGAGCCUGGCCGUCAAAGAAGUCCUCAAAGCUGAUGCUGCAGUGGAUGUCGUGACCUAUGUGCGGCUGCUGUUUCUUGCCUCUGUGCUUGAGGCUCUGCAUGCCGCCGCACCCGAGGAGGGCGCUCGUCUGCGGGACUUAGUGCUCGCCGGCCACCAGACCACCAUCAAGCAGUGUCUGAAGGUCAUCCGCACCGAUACACAUGGGUCUCUUUCGAGUAUGGCGUCUUUCGCCUUGAGUACACUGCUGCUGCCGUUCACCCCGCCGCCAUCUCGCCCCGAAGUGGACCUCACGCCCGUUCCCCUCCAGCUGUCCCUGCCACUGUUCAGCCUGCUGGUCGACCACCUGCUGAAGCUGGUGGAAGGAGCGAUCAUGGACCCACAGGGAUGGCGGCGGACGCUGGAGCUGCCUGGUCUUGUUGCCGGUGCAGCCUCACAGAGGCAGAGCACAUGUAAGAUGCAAACACACAAGAGCUGAUGAGCGAGUGACCGGUGUGUGUGUGUGUGUGUCCGUCCGUCAGCUCUGCGCGAGAAGGACGUCGAGCGGCUCGCUGAACUGCACCUCUGUGCCCACGUGGAGCUCACGCUCAUGGGCAUCAUCAGCUCGGGAGAAGGGGGGGCGUUGGCUGUGGCGGCGGCCACACUGGGUGCCAUCAUGGUGGGCGUCCUCAAACUCAGCGAGCAGUUCGACUCUCUCCCCCCUUUCCCCAUGUCGUCAUGCCGGACGCUGCUUGACAAUCCCUCGCUGAUCAUGACGGCCAUCAAAGCGGCCAGUGCCCCUCGUGACCGAGAGGGCGAGUUGACGCCAGCCGUCUGCUCCUUAAUACUCGGCUGUUUGAAGAUACCGGCACAAUUCGCUAUUGGUGAGACAGAGACAGAGAGAGAGAGAGAGAGAGAGGCGCAGGAGGGGACACAAAGUGACAUGUAAGCUAGGGCUGGCUGUAUGCUGCUCCUCUGCACAGAUUCGGGAGACAUUGAUUCAGGUCAUCGAGUGGUAGAAGCUCUCUGCCAGCUAUUGACCGAAACCGUGGCUGCAUGUGCCCGCCAGCGAUUACUCGUCUUCUGUAUUGUCAAGCUCCUUGAGGAGAUGAUUGAGUGAGCGGGAGCACCUUGGAAUACUGGGUGUAGUGGCUGCCAUACGCUGCAUGUAUGUGAAUCUGUCAUAUGGGCUGUCCUGCAGAGGGGGUCAUCAGUUGGUCACUAAGGGCAUGGCGACAAGCAACCCGUUCGUCGACCAGAUCGUUCAGGUGAGCACCGAACAAAGGAGAUGGGUCAUGCGGCCAUAGGUCAACCGCAAUGUGUCCGUGUCUGUCUGAUUGUGUUGCUUAUUGCCAGUGCGAGGCGAUACAGCAGUUGAGAGACCGCCUUGACCUGUCAGCGGAGGUGAGGGACAAAGCCAGCGAAACCACACGACCAAACAAGGUGGGUCGAUGAUACCAUCCUCCCGUUGGUGUAGGUGUCGUCGUUCAUCGAUUCGCUCCCCAAGACGGCCAGCGCAGGAACCAGCUCAGCUGGGGCGGACCGAUCGCACGGCUCACCCACCCACAUGACAACCACUCACACUCAUCAUGGGUCAGGGCCUCCCUCGCCGCCUCAUCCAUCGACAUCAUCUGGCGGCCUCGAUGGGCUGGAGGACGGCCUCUUCUCGGACGACAUCGGCACAGUCACUGCGGCAGUCAGAGGCAUCGCUGACCAUGUGACGACUGCAGUUGCUGAUCAAUUUGGCAAACGGCUGGUCAGGAGAUUCGCCAAGGAGAGGACGGCUUUCCGCCGCUUCCUGAUGCGUCUGGUGGAUAGCAGCGGAGUGGAGUGCCAGGUGGCGGUCGCUGACCUGCUGGUCAGCCUCCUCUCGCCGGACUUCCUGUCUGAGAUGGCCUUGUCUGAUCAUCUGUCCGCCAUCCAGGACAUCUUCGAGAUUAUCACAUGGAAGCAGCUUGAGGAAGGAGGGGCGGACGCCAACCUGGGCAGUGACCUCAAGAGCGCCAUCGCGUAUGCUUUCGUCCAGACAUCGUCAGCCGACGAGCCUCCCCCCUCCGCUACGUCUGUGGUGACAUUUGCUCGACUGUGUCUCAUCAAGUCUGCUCUUGAGGCGGCCACCGACCUCGAGGCGGCAGGAGGGCCGCAGCUUCGCGCGAGCUUCCUUCAGAGCCACCAAACGACGCUCCGGCAGGUGAUGGAUGUCAUUUGUGAGCGCAGACACGCACGUGUCGUUGACGGGGCAGUCAUGAUGCUGCAGAAGCUGUUCGAGCCCAGCCCCUUCGGCCCAUCAUUUCAACUCGUUCUCGAGUUCUUCUCCAUAUGCGUCGAGAUCCUCAAGCAGCUGACGAAUGAGCGACCAGUGGGGACGUGCCGCUUCUUACUGCCGCUGAUGUGUGCCGCAGAGUAUCUACGGGACUCCCAACGAGAAGGUCAGAAAAGUGCACAUGGACAUGCUCUUUGAACGAGGCUGCUGUCCUUUGUCAUGUCAGGCAUUGUGGAGGAGUGGCCGGCCAUCAAGGCGGCUCUCAACACACACGUCUACGCUCACAUGGACACAUUGGUCGCCCUCAUCAAAGCGUCCGAUCCUUCCUCUCGCCUGUGCUUCACGGCGAUCUCCACCGUGGGAGCUCUCCUUCUGGCCGCCAUCGCCGUCUGCAUUCGAAAAAAGAAAGGUAUGAAACGAACCGGAUGGCGCGGGAGCGCCCGUCAUGCACCUGGACUAGGUGUGUGUCUACAGGUGUGGGUGCUAUUGGGGAAGCCAAAUUGAUCUUCGUCCAGGACGCGAUCGAACAACACGGUGUGGGCAAGAUCAUGGCCGCUGCCCCUUUGCCGAUGCAGUCGCUUCGUCGUUUUUUGCUGGAUGCCGCCAUCGGCGACAAGGUCCUGAACGCAUUGGACAUGGACCACACGUACGAGGGUAUGCCGAUCUCCCUCGGACUGGUCACUGCGACCGCUCUGCUGAUCCUGGCGAUGGCCAUGAUAGGUCUGUCAUUCAGUCGGUGCACGUCCCACACUCCGACAACCAUGUGUGUGUGUGUGUGUGUGUGUGCAGAUGGUGGGGAGGCCGGCCUUCUGGUCGAGUCGGGCUUUAUGUCUACCCUCAUAUCGCUCCUGGACAGCGCCGAGAGGAUCGGGUCGAUGGUGGUCCUCUCCAUGGACUGUCUGAAGACGCUCAUUCAGAGAGAUCGGAAGGUCAGCAAAGGAAGGUCAGCAGAGGAACAUCACUGGCACCCCAUCUCAUUUGGGCGAGAGUGCUGCGGUGGUGCGUUUGUGUAGGUGUUGGGGACUGACGGACUGGCAGAGGCGAUAUGUGACAUGCUGCGCAAAGACGCACAGGGACAUCUCAGCGGACACGAGUGGGCGGGUAUGACUGAAAGUCACCGCGGCACUGCUGUCAGCAUCCUCAAGAGCAUCGUCAGGUCAGCCAUGAGCUGCAGCCAAGGAAGCCCGACGCAUCAUUGAGUGUGUCUGUUUGUUGCGGUGUGCUGGAUGUCAGCUAUGGCAAGUCGCAGGUUCGCAAAGGCGCGCCGAAUCCCAUCGUCGGGCAGAUACUGCAGGUGGCGACACACGAGGCUCGUGUGUGCUGUGACCACCUGACUGUGUGCCUGUCUGUCUGUGUGCCUGUCUGUCUGUCUACCACCACCAUUGCAGCUCGAGUCGGUCAAGGCGAUGCGGAACCCCACCAGCGGCAUCGAGGUCUCACGACAAGUGAGCAACACUCCUGCACAGCACGAUACUCUCCUCUCCACCUCUCUGUGCCCCAUCAGGUGUAUGGAUUCUUCAACUCCCUCGCCCAACAGCACGAGAAGGACACCAAGGCCAAGCCCAAGACCGCCAUGACGGCCGCCCAGUUGGCGGCCCAGGAGGCCAAGGCGAAGCGGAUGCAGGAGGCCCUCCUCGCGGAGGAGCGACGCGAGAAGGAGGCCAAAGAGAAAAAGGGCAAGGGCAAAAAGAACAAGGGCGGCAAGGGACAGCAGCAGCAGCAGCAGCAGGAGGCUGCAGGUGGGGAUGCGGCGAGCCCCUCCGAUGUGGUGAUUGAGCCGUCAGUGCCCUCCACUGCCGCAUCCACCAGGUAGGGAAGCCAUCCACAGACCAUGGCUGGCGGGAGUGUUUACCUCAUCUGUGUGUGUGUGUGCAGUCGGGCUUCUGCUGCGGAGGAGGUCGAGGCGAGUCAGCCGGAGCCCUCUUCGUCCAUCGCCGACACGUGAGCAAUCCACCCACUUGACGAGAUGCCCUGACACAUUCGCUUCCUCUGUGUGCGUGUCGAUCUCUUUCUUUGCAGGUCUGGUGCGUCUGGUGUGCCAUCCGUGUCAGCCGCUGCGGGCAGCGAUCGGCCUGGUGAUGACGGCGAUGCAGUAAAGUCGGCGGCUGGUGGGAGCGACGGCGACAGUGAUAAUGAAGACGGCGACGCUAUGCUGCUCAAGUCGGCGUUCGGACAACAUGCACGGCAACAGCUGAGCGAGGGCCACAAGAAGAGGACCAAAGGCAAACACGCCACCAGGCCCACUCCGACGCCCACGCCUCAGCCGAGCCAGCCGCCCCGCCCCUCACUCCCACCAGCAAUCAAGACCAAUCAGAUGGGCCGCCCUUCGCCUGCCGCCAAUGAGGAUCGUUAUCGCGGCGGCAAUGGACCAAUCCGGAUGCCCGCCCACCUUCCCCUCUCAAGCGCCCAGUUCCCCAAGGGCCGCUUCAAGAUGUCACCUGGCAAUGAGGGGCUGGCCCCUCCUCUGCCGAAGCGUCCGUCCCGCCCGCUGCUGUCUGACGAUGACAGUCCGUCUGGCGGUGCGUCGCCUCCCUUUCGGCCCGUGGAGGGUCGUGGGGCGGGGAGGGGCCUCAUGACCAUGUUUGCCCACCAGCCGUCCCCUGUGCCCUCCAUCCCGUUCCCCCGACUCCCGUCGGCCGAGGAGCUGCGCAACAGGCCAUCGCUGCAGCGGCACACCAGACAAGACGACCAACAGCAGCCGACACGUGACGAGGGGCCGAGGUGAGAUGGCCGCACACAGUGAGCGCUGGGAUCCGAUCGCAAUGAUGGCUUUUCUCUGCAACAGGCCACCACUGCAGCAGCACGACACACGGGAUGAGUGGCAGGGGUGAGAUCGGAUCACAGGCAGGAACAACUGUACACAUUUGUCAUUCCGCCUGCUGUGUGUCAUGCAGUCUGUCUACUGCUGGUCCUUCGCUGAGUCGCUUCCACCAUGCGCCUGUCGGGCCCGCCCCACCGGCUGGUGGUGGUGGUGGGUUGAGGGCUGAUCCAUUCUACGACAACAGUGGCGGUGACGACAUGUAUGUGCCGCGCCCGCCGGCCUUUCCACCGAUCGACCCAAGGUAACACGGCAUGAUGUCUGUCUAUCUGUCUGUCAGCAACGCUUCUACGGACCUCUCGUUGCCUGCUAUGAUGUGCAGUGGUUUCCAUCGGAUGGGUCCCCCUCUCCCUGUCAGCUACAAUGGCGGCCCACAGGCGUCCGGCGCACCUUCCGCACAUCCAUUCGGUUUCCCCCAGCCCUUUCCGUCCAGCCCAACGCCAGCUGCUGCGGCGGCUGCGGCUGCUAGUGGCUCUGGUGGUCGUGGGCUGUCGGCUGAUCUGUUCUACGACAGUGAGGGUGACGACAUGUACUGUGUGCCGCCCCCGCCGGCGUUUCCACCGCCGCCCCCACCACACCCACCGAUCGACCCAAGGUAACACGGGCAUGAUGUCUGUCUAUAAGCAACGCUUUCAUUGAUUUGUCGUUGCCUGCUGUGCUGUGCAGUGAUUUCCAUCCGAUUGGUUCCCCUCUCCCUGUCAGCUACAAUGGCGGCCCACAGGCGUCCGGCUUCUCGCCUCACCCACUCGGUAUCCAUCAGCCCUUCCCGUCUAGCCCAACGCCAGCUGCUGCGGCUCCGGCUGCGCCUGCGGCUGGUGGUGGUGGUGGGCUGUCGGCUAACCCCUUCUAUGACGACAAUGGUGCUGAUGACAUGUAUGUGCCGCCCCCGCCGCCCAUAUUUGAGUAUGAGGAGGAGGCGUACCAGCCGCCCUCAUCGAGCAGUGCAGCCGCCCCCUUCGCUGCGGCCCAGGCGGACGGGACGGUGCGGAGAGGCAAUGGCGGGCAAUCCACAGGGUACACAGGGGCAGGCAGAGAGGAGACUAGAGUUGGUAUAACGGUCUUUCUUGACGCUGCGUGUUUUGUUUGCAGGUUUGGUGCGACGAUGAUGGGUGGUGGUGCGUCUGGGAGUGAGCAGCUCGUCGAUCAGCUCUGCCGUCAACUCGAGCAGAAGGACCAGGAGGCCAAGCGGAGGGCCCGUGAGGCCAGGCGAAGGACUCGGGAAUUGCAGGAGGCCAAACAGAAGGAACAAGAGGCCAGGCGGAGCGAGGAGGCACUGAUACGGCGGCUGCAAGAGGCUGAAUGGCAGUAAGUGGACCAGCCAAGCUAUCACACUGAACAGCGCACUCAUUUAUCUCUCCCCCACUCAGGCUCUCCAAAAUGGCCGCGCAGCAAUCAUCGCACCACCAGCACCCCCAGCCACCUUCGUCCAGCAGUUCGUCGGCUCCCCCUCGCCCAUCGUCAUCAUCCACUCACUCUCAUCCACCCACACACGCCAACACAACGGACCAGCAGCCGCAUGACGGUGAUGGGGACGACAGUCCGGCCUGUGUCAUCUGUUUCGGCGAGCACGGCCCGGCGUCCGUCAUGUACAUCCCCUGCCGUCACAUGCACAUCUGCACCAAGUGCUAUGCCGACCGCCGGAGGGCCUGGCGGCAGAACCUCCCCCGACUGAGGGCCGAGAAUGCGCGGCGUGUGGAGGUCAACAAGGAGCUCAUCAAGGAGGACAAGGAGCCCAUGGCCAUGCUGCCCGAGGGCUAUCUGUGCGAGCAGUGCCAGACAGAGGUGGCCUUCGCGGGGUCGGUAAGCGAGGUCGCCCAAUGGUCCACCAGGCCAUUCGUGACCGGCGCAUCCUGACUGACAUCUGAGUGAGUCAGGAGGGAGGAGGGAAUGGUGUGCGUCAGUGGAGAGCAAGAAAGGUAUACACGUGUGGCGCCUGAUUUAAGCAACACAUGUGGGGGUGAGUGCUCUUUAUUGUCAAGUCUGUGUGUCUCGUGUCCGUUUUUGUUGGCCCUUGAUUCAUCCAUCCAUCCACUGCAUAGCCAUUGCGUGCGUCAGUCAGUGCUGCAUACAUUUGUAUUAGACAUUCCUCUCUAUGUGGCUAUGUUGUAUGUUGUCUGUAUGUGUAUCCACACACUGCUCGCUGCAUGUCCGUCCGUGUGCUGUGCAUGCAUGUUUGUACAGAGGAACGCUAUCAUUCGUGAGGACCGUAUCAUUCAACCGCGUCCCUGUGCCCCUCUCUUGGUCGCUUGCUUUGCUGACUGGCUGCAGGGGGGAGGGCCUUUCAUUGCAUUCAAUGCAUCUGUGUUGGUGUCCGUGUCCAUACAGACUCACAGACUUGCCUACCUGCCUAUGUGUGUAUACGUGUCUGAAUGUGUGUAUGAGCUCGUCAGACUGGUUCAUGAAUUGAGCGAUAUUUACGGUUGAUGGCAUCCAUCUUGCGUCUGUGUGCAUCCAGCCAGCCGGCCCACUCAUCCACAGAUAGAACUUCCGCUGAGAUACAGGGGCCGGCCUACAGUGUCACAGUGUCAC